ACUUCCGCGUUCUGACGCAGUACGUACAAACGUGCUACCAUGGAAACAAAAAGACGCCAUGAGCAGGUUUAUUACCGGCGAUGUGGCUGCUUGUGAGCAGAAGAGGAUUUAGACUAUGAGCAUAAAAUUGUGUCCAGUAUCGGUGCUGCGGAUCUCCGCCAUUCUGCAGGAUUGUUCAGAACAACUCGCCGUGCUGGGGAACAUCCUGUCCGGAACUUACACCGACACACACACUACUGCUGUCUCAGUGGGCAUCAGCAGGGGGCAGCAGAGUGUCUCAGGGAUUCGCUUGCAGGAGGCUCGAGGAGGCGUGUCUCAGAGAGGGGGCGUGUCUCAGAGAGGGAGCGUGCAAGAGGUAGUACAGGAGCUCCAAAGAACACAGAGGGAGAUGAAGCAGAGUUCUCCCCAAUUCAUAAUUAAUAUGCAAAACAACCGGAAGCUUGCGUCUCUGCUGAUCGGUGACCUGCUGACGGAGCUGAAGGAAGAAGGAACCUUCAACACCCUGAUCCACACUGUGGAUGAAGAGAAGACGACCAAAGCUCAACUGCAGGAGAUCUUAACCAGUGAUGAAGAGGAUCAUCUAAAGAUCAAAACCCUGCAGAAGCAGCUACACGACCUCACAGAAGAAACAGCGGUCCAGAUUCAGGAGCGCGAGCAGAUUGCGGCGCACCUGGAAGACCAGCUGCAGGAAUGGAAGGUGACGAAAAGCCUGCAGGAGAAGUACAUGAUCAGCAGCACACAGCUGAUGGUGCUUCAGGGACAGAAAAUGAACAACCGCAUCGAGAAGCAACUGGAGGCGGAGAUAAAGAUCCUUAAGCAGAAGCUGGAAGAGGAGGAAAAGGAUCACGUCCAGCUGGAGACGUUUCUAAAAAAAAAUCAAACAAGUCUUGAGGAAAUGCUGGAGUACUGGAUGGACUGCUACGAUAAAGACACGGAGGACAAACAGCAAGAGCUGAACACUGUAAAGACCAACAAAAGCAACAACCUGGCACAGUUACAGGAGCUGGCGAAGAAGUACCGAGACAACGAGCAGGUGAUCAUCGAUGACAGACUGGAGAAAGAGGAGCUGCAAAGACAACGGGAGCAGAAAGAGCUGGAGGAGAAGGCAGCUGUAAAGCUCCAGGCGUGGUGGAGAGGAACCCUGGUCAGAAAGUGUCUCGGUCCAUAUGGAAAGCAGAAGAAACCCCAACAGAAGAAGGGCAAAAAAGGAAAGAAGAAGAAGAAGUGAUGUGGAGGCAAAUAAAACAGCACAAAAGGCAGAAAAGGGAACUUUAUUAAUUCAUAUUAUAAUAAAUCCAAAUGUUCAAAAAAUACUUUUAACAUUUUACUAAAUUUUAUUACAGUCGAAAACUUUUACGGGACAAAAAAAAGAAAAAAAAAAAAAGAAAGAAAAGCACGCUGUCUGAUUGAAGUAUGUAGUGCAUCAUUGUGUGUGUGUGUGUGUGUGUGUGUGUGUGUGUGUGUGUGUGUGUGUGUGUGUGGUCAGUGGUGCAUACUUGUAAACGUAUGGAAUGUAUUAAUUUACUGUACAGACACGCAGGUAAAAACCCUGCCCAAGGGUCCACAUCAUAAUCAGCUGCUGGGAAAAAAAAACCCCUAGGUCCAAAUAAAAUAUAAAAAAAUAACAAAUAAAAAAAAUACAAAAACAUCUAUAAUAUUAUAUUCUAUUUUUUACUUCCUUCUUUAAAACACCAGGGUCUAAAAAAAUUUAAUAUUUAUUUAUAUUUUAUAUUAUAUAUAUAUAUAUAUAUAUAUAUAUAUAUAUAUAUAUAUAUAUAUAUAUAUAUAAAAAUAUAAAUAAAUAUAACAUUUUGUCUUUAUGAAGAAUUCUGGGUAGCUUUAGUGCACUGACUUUACCGCUACAUUAUUCACCUGGAACUGCGCCUCCGUCUGGUAAUGAGCUGAAUGUCUCGCCGUUCGUUUCCUGUUUCUACGUUAAAGUUCUAAUCAAAGCACCAGACGCCCCCGAAACCCAGCCGAGGGGCAGCAGUCAGAAAUUUACACAAAAAAAGGGUGUGUGUAUGUAUGUAUAAAUAUUUACACAUAUACACACACAGAAAGCCAUUUCUGCAGGAUAAAAUAUAUAUAUAUAUAUAUAUAUAUAUAUAUAUAUAUAUAUAUAUAUAUAUAUAUAUAUAUAUAUAUAUAUAUUUGUUUUUGGGAACAGCAGUAUGUCGAAAUUCUGAUUUAUAAUCCUUUUAUUUAAAUAACAUUUUAAUAUUGAUAUUUUUGUUUGAAUUUCUGCCCUAAAAUCACACAAAAAAAAUAAAAAUUUGUUGUGAUUUACUAUCAAAAUUUAUUCUAAAUUCAAAAUUCUUUUAAUCUUAAAUUUAAAAUUCAUAACCCAAAUUUUUAUCUCUAAAACGUAUUACUUUUAACCGAUAAUUUGAAAAGUUUUUUUUUAUUUUAUUAUUAUUAUUAUUCUACCAAAAUGCAAAAUUUAUGAAUAUUUUUUCUUUAUUCUGACAAACUUUUAAACUAAAAAUGUAAUCAAAAUCUGGACAAAUCGCAAAGUAUCUUUCGUUUAUUAUCUUCUAUUAAUAAUUCUGACGUAUUUCAGAUCUCUACAUCUAAAAACUGAAUUCUAAUUUUUUUUACGUAAAAUUACCACUUUUUACCUCCUUCGAAUUUUAAUUUUCCACGUCACUUCAGCACGUCGUCCUGCUAAACUCUGAGCCACGCAGAUAAACGUAGAUUAUGAUGCUACAGAUAUAUAUAUAUAUAUAAAAAUAAAAAUAAAUAAAUAAAAAAAAAAGAUGUGUAGCUUAAUUUUGUCCCAGAUUUUAUGCUAAAAGAAUUUAAUUAGUGAAAAGAUUUAUUUAAAAUUGUAUUAAAAAAUAUGAGGAAUUUUUUUGAUUGGAUUCAAAAUUAAAAUAAUCUGACAUAAAUUACAAUUUUGACCAAAUAAGUAAAAAAGUUUAAAUAACGCUUCAGUGUCGACAUACUGCGGCAACAAAAACUUUUUUUUCUCCCACAUGGUGAAAUGUGCUUCCAUAAAAAAAAAAAAAACAAGCGUACAGCUUUCGAUUGUAGAAUCACAGAUACGCACAAGCAAGCCAUGCAAUAGUGACUACGGCCUUACUGCCUAACACCGUGUGUCUGUAUUCAAGCCCCGCCCCCUUUAAACUCCUCCCCUUUCCCCUCUUUAUAUGUAGUAACUCGUUCAUGCAUUGAAAGAAAAUAAGAAAGAAAGUAACACUCGUGGCUCCGGGAAUCGCACUUUCGCACAACAGUUCACAUUUUAACACAUUCACAACAUAUGGGAGGGAAAAAAUCAUUUCUUAUUUUGGAGA